AGAGCAUCCCACAUUUCCAACCCCACAAACCACCUCAACCAUGCCCAGCGACAACCGCUGGUUCGACAGGACAUGGCUCGGAAAAACCAUCCAAUUCACCAACCCUCCAAGCGCAUGGAAAAUCACCCAGAAACGACGAGAAAGCGAAGACCGCUUCACGCGGGACGAAUACGAAACCUCCGGCUUCUUCUCUGAAUCGAGCUGUAUUUUUCUCUGCGAAGAGAUUACCGACACAUCUCAUCCUCAAGCGCAAGCUCAAGCUCAGACUCAAGCUAUUAUGAAAGUUCGAAUGCAAAUCCCCAAUACUACCGCGGAAAGCGACGAAGAAGAAUACGACCAACCGCCAGAGGCGGCACUGCGCGGUCGAACAGCGCUGGAGAUCAAAGCCCUCCAAUAUGAAACCCAAGCCGAGGAGGGGUGCGUACCGGGCGGGUUUCUGGACUUCAUUGUGAUGACAAGAGUCGAGGGGGUGGCUCUUUCGGGGAGGUAUCUUCGCGGAAUGGAGAUUGAUGAGAGGCGGGAUUUACGAGAGGCGUUUAAGGCGUCGUAUCUUUAUAUCGUGGAUUGGGAGACGUGGACUCGACAGUCCCGGGAGUGGAAUGACAAGGAGUAUUGGGCGUGGGGACUUGACUGAGCUGGAUAGAUUUGGCAAUCUACAAAGAAUCGAGCUUCACCCUCGUGUUCAUGCUACAGAGAUACUUUUCUUCUAGUCCUGGGUGAUGACACUUGAAAGCUACCGCCAGAUAAUGAUAUCCUAGGCGGAAUUGGUCGGUCAAAUAAAGAAUAGGCGUGUUAUUUUGGUGAGAAGUGCAGCUUCAACAGCUUUGCACAGUAUAUUAGACCACUUCACAAUACUGAUACAGCUUCAACAUCCAUACCAUGAGCAAACUAUUUGGCAUGUU